UGGGCUGAAUGAUAACCCCGCCGUGAGGAUGCCGAGAGCCGCAGCCCUCUUCUGUCUCUCUCCGCGGCUCAGCUCUGGAGGACCCUGGAGCGCAUCAUUUGAUCUCUGCACCUGAACGCGUUUGAUUUAAUAUGAUUCGAUUAUAAAUUCUAUUUCAAAUAUCGUGCAUUAUUUAUUGCGCUUGCAAAUCCGAUUCGCCUCGCAGAUAUCGAUCCAGGUGAACCAGCACCAUGUUGACCAGCAUCAUCGAGAGCAUCUUCUGCUGUCUGAUGGGAAAGACGAGCAGCGUUGUGCUGCCGGUCGAGUCAUCAGACGGAAAGCCUGCAGACGGAUACGAGUUUGUGGAGGUGAAGCCGGGCCGUGUGCUGCGCGUGCGCCACAUCCUCCCCGAACGACCUGCUACGACAGAAGCUCAACCAGAAGCGGGCAGCAGCGUCCACUGCAAGCGCAAGAUCACGGUGUACCGCAACGGCCAGCUGGUGAUCGAGAACCUGGGAGACGUCCUCCACGCCGAGAUCCUGCAGUGUCAGAACGGAGACGUGGAGCAGUGCAGCACAGUGGAGGUGGAGCUGUCCGAUUACACCACUGCACCCUCGUCCCCUGAUUCCAGACCCGCUCCACCGCUUCCCACCUCAGACCAGCAGAAGCCGGCUCCUCCACCCAGACGCCGGCGGAGGAGACCCAAGCGCACCGUGCUGAUCGAUACGGAGCGCUGCAUCAGCAGCUGUAAGGGGACACAUUCGGACGUGGCGCUCUUCUUCAUCCACGGCGUGGGCGGCUCGCUGGACAUUUGGGGGACUCAGCUGGAAUUCUUUUCGCGGCUGGGUUAUGAGGUCAUCGCCCCGGAUUUGGCAGGACAUGGUGCCAGCACUGCCCCUCAGAUAGCAGCGGCGUACACCUUCUACGCUCUCGCAGAGGACCUGCGCGCCAUAUUUAAGAGAUACGCCAGAAAACGGAACAUCCUCAUUGGUCACUCAUACGGGGUGUCGUUCUGUACGUUCCUGGCACACGAGUAUCCGGAGCAGGUGCAUAAGGUGGUGAUGAUCAACGGAGGCGGCCCCACGGCGCUGGAGCCCAGCCUGUGCUCCAUCUUCCAGCUUCCCUCCUGCGUCCUGCACUGUCUGUCUCCCUGCCUGGCCUGGAGCUUCCUCAAAGCUGGUUUUGCCAGACAGGGCGCUAAAGAGAAGCAGCUUCUGAAAGAGGGAAAUGCUUUUAACGUGUCUCCGUUCGUCCUGCGAGCGAUGAUGAGCGGUCAGUACUGGCCCGAGGGGGACGAGGUUUACCACGCCGAGCUGACCGUCCCUAUACUGCUGGUGCACGGCAUGUUCGACAAGUUUGUGCCGAUUGAUGAAGACCAGCGGAUGGCAGAGAUCCUCUUGUUUGCGUUCCUGAAAGUGAUCGAGGAAGGCAGUCACAUGGUGAUGAUGGAGUGUCCAGAGACGGUCAACACGCUCCUGCACGAGUUCUUCCUCUGGGAACCUGACAAUAGCAAAAAAGAUAGGGUUACCAGGAUAACAGCCGAGCAGACGCUCGCCGUCAGCACAGGGACGUCCAAGGUCAACAAGCCCCUUAACAAAUAACCUGAUGAGGGACGUUUUUUUUGGGGUGAACCAAUCAGAAGGCUGUUGAUGGCAGGCUGUCAAAACCUUGGCUGAGAGCUGGUUUUUGAUCAGAAGACCCUGGCAGGUGUCCAGACGUGUGUGAGGAAGAUUCACAGGUUUGAAGAGACUCUCUAGCGAUGAGGGUUAUUCCUCUGUUGUGGACAAUAUCUUUCCAUCUUGUGCUGUCUAAAGAAAAGGACUGGAAGUGCGUCCAGAGGAUGGAAAUCAAGUGUGCCAAAGUCCAGUUGGGACUCAACUACGAGAAAGAAGAGAAGGAUUUGCCGAGACUGCUUUUAAAAAAACCCAAGAGAGCGUUUAAAGUCAACAUGAAAUGCAUUUUAAUUCCAUAAUAUGACACAUUGGGUGUAGUACAAGUACAAUUACGAAAAACAGCAGUUGCGUUAAAAAUAACGAGGACUAAUUAAUUGUGAUGGGAAAAUAACAGGGUUGUUUUCAAGCUGACUUUAAUAGACGUUUGUAUUUAAUCUGUGUUGACGUCAUACUAGUACUAACACGUUUUAAUGUCUUCCCUCAUAAAUCAAAUCCACUGCUUGGAGUAGAAGAGCGAUUGGAAACAGAUGUAUGAGACACUGUUAAAACAUCCUAGAAAGAUAACGUACUGUUAAAGAACACACGUUUACUUGAAACAAAUCAUUUGAGUAAACAAAAAAAAAAACUGAACAACAGAUGUCGGUUCACAUGAAGGAUAAAAACAGGAUGAGAGGAAACAUCGAGUCUGGCAUUGGGAGAUUUUCUGCACUUGUCCGUCUCCUAGCAACUAGAAAGUCGGUCAUUAGAACAAAUGCACGGAGAGAGAGAGAGAGAGAGAGAGAGAGAGAGAGAGAGAGAGAUAAAGAUGCUGCUGGCCACAACAUGACACGGUGCUGAGAAAAAACAGGAUAUAAGCUACAAUAUCACAGAGCAGACUGCAUACAAUCUGAAUUUAAUAUUGAAAUGAUAUUGUGAAUAUCUAGUCAUCAGGUUGAUCCAAUCAUCUGCAGUUAUGCAGUACUGUAUGAUUACAUUUAAAUAAAUGCAUUCAAACUGUUAAUUCCCAUUUCAAUAACAACAACAACAACAAAAUUAUGCAUUACAACAAUAAAAUACGCAGACUUCAGUCUCACAAUCCAACUACUAAUAAUAACUCAACACGUGGGCUUCAGGAAGGAAAUAUACAAUGUGUGAAGAAAUGUCGACCUUGAUUUAUUUUACACGCUGUGUGAAUGAUAUAGAUAUUUAAAGGAAAAACUGUGGACUGAAUUGGGAGUGAAUGAGUUUUCUACAGUGCUUACAGCUGGAUGUCGGUGUUUAACAUCAAUCCCAAUGAGAACCUUCUAGCAUCUUCUUAUUAUUAAGACGAGUAACAUCAGCACAGACAGUAAUCUCGUCCUUCAGUCUGUAAAACAAAGAUGCAUUUACAAUGAUGCACUAACUGUACAAUCCAAGUCUGUGGAAGGUUACUGCAUUGUCAGAAUAAGUCAAAUGGUAAUAAGUCACACUAUUCUCAUGUUAGCAUGUAUGAUGUUAAAGUCCUGUGGCUUUUUUGUUGAAAACAGUCAAUAUUUUAGCAUUUAUUCCAGUGCAGACUUCCACUGAAAGUGCAUUACUGUACAUGCGUCCUUCCUUGUUUUUGCAAAAAAAUUCCACAGAUGUUGCUCACGCUGCUUAAGUUGCACCAAACCCAGAAUAUUUAAUUAAACGUUACUUGCAUCGACGAUUUCACUGUAAUGCACACAGACUGACUUUCACACGGUAUGAAUUUUAUUGAGCCUCUCCUGUGAAUAAGAAAACAAAAAACUGCAUUUUUGUCAAAAAAAAAAAAAGAUAAAACAGCAUAUUUUUUUCAUUCUUGUAAAUGAGCAGUAUAUGCAUAUCUCUUUUGGAUUUAUCUGGCCUUAUCAAAGGGAUGGAAAUGAUUUCUCUGUCAUUUGAUUGGAGGAAGGAUCGCUGAGAAUUUUAGAGAGUCUGUAGCUACAUGGUUUUAAUAUCAUAAACAAAAUAUAUCCCAUGUCUACUAAGCAUCUCUAUUUAUGAUUGGCUGAGAAAAAUAAAUGAAUACAUUCCACAGAGACUCUGUUAGGCCAGUAUGUAACCACCUAGCAAGCAACCAUAGCAACCAUGUAGCAACAUUCUAAAAAACUUAGAACAUUCAGAGCAAUCGCAUAGCAACGCCCCUGGCAACCACCCAUGUUCUGUUUACAAUGUAACAGUUGUGUAAGAUUCUAGGUGGAUGCAUCAUUCCUUGUUUCUAAUUCACAGACGGGAGCAAUAACACUUUUCUAUGCUAAUGGCAGUUCUGGCUUUCCUCUGAGCGCCUGGGAGGGGUUUUUCUGAAGAGACAGGAAACAAUAAAAUUAAAUACAAUAAACGAACAAUCCUGGCCAAUACUGUUCAAAAAUCUGCCAAAGGGAGUGAAACGAGUCAGAUGGACUAAUACUGUUGGAGCGCGUGGGUGAAGUGGGUUUGGGAGAUGAAUAUUAGCUACAGAUGCUGAAUGACACUAAUGACUGAUGAUGAUGAUGAUGAACUCUUCUUCUUCUGGCUGUGUACUGAUGUCAGUACCCCACUGUGAACAUUGUGGUUCAGUUUGUGUCAAGUGUGUGUGUGUGUGUGUGUGUGUGUAUGUUGCAUAUAUCUAUUGGAAAGUACUAUACCGUGCACUGGCUGAAAAUAUGUGCAUAUAAAAUGUCAUUAAAACUAUUUAAAAAUGUGAUUAAUAAAUAAAAAGGUUUUUAUCUGUUUCCCCCCUCCAAAA